UCGCGUUGAGCCGCGUUUGUUUACGCAUUUAAGGUAGGCCUUUCGAAUGCAUGCGCUUCCUUGCUCUGCGUGGGCUUUCUUUGGAGGGUAGGGAUAGUAAAACUUGGUGUAGUUAUUGUGUAAAUUGAUAGGAGUGCAGAAAAACUAUUUCCAGUUAAAAUACCAAAUAGAUUUAAAUACUCGGGGCUUUAAUUAUUACCACGUCCUUUCAACAAGCCUACAGUGGCGACAGUUAAAAGAGUCCUUUCACUUUAAGGGGGAGGUGAGUGGCAGGGAGCGUAAGUGUUGGAAACAAAACACCAGAAAGUCAUUGGGAGAAAGCUGUUGAGGUUGUGAGCGUUUGAGUAGAACUGUAAAGGUGAUAGCAACUACAACAUAGGUGCUCCUGUUACCUGUCUUCGUAUUCCCCUAUAAAAAAAUACGAGAAGCCAACCCAACGCUUCCUCUGGUGCUUUGCAUGCGGUUGUGGAUCAGCGGUGAGCGUUCGAAAAAACAGCGGAGGGACGGAAGUUUGGAAAGCCCAGGCGCUUCUGGAGUGAAUGGUUGAGCCCAGCCCCCCAGCGCUGCAUCUCCAUGCCAACGGUGAUGUCAGCAUGGUGGGCGUCGGUGUGAAGCUGGAGGAGGAGGAUUCUGGAGCAGAAAGGGGAGGAACCCACACCAAGGCAGAGCUGCGCUCUUCUCCUGCCUGUGAUUGGUCUGGAUAUGAGCCAAUAGAGCGGUCAGAGUCUAGACAGCUGACUCCUCCCCUCUCUCGCUCACCCUCAGAAGGUUCUCCGGCUAAGGAACAGCUUCUCAGACAGAGUCCUUCGGUGAUGAAGGGUAGCAGCAGAGGUUACGACCGGCGGCCGGAGGGACACGUGCACCCGCCUGUCAGCGAAGUCAUGCCCACCAUAGAGAAGCUGCUGAGUACAGACUGGAGAGAGAAACUUUUGCACAAAACCCCACUUGGAGGCAACAAUCUUAAAGGCACUCCAGAGUCUCUGGCAGAGAAGGAGCUGCAGUUGCUGUUGAUGAUCAACCAGCUGAGCGGUCUGAGAGAGCAGAUGCUGGGUGCCCACUCUGAGCAAAGGAACAUGGCUGCCUUGCUUCUGGAGAAACAACAGCAACAGAUGGAUUUGGCCAGACAGCAACAGGAGCAGAUUGCCAAACAGCAACAGCAGCUGAUCCAGCAGCAGCAUAAAAUCAACCUGCUUCAGCAGCAGAUCCAGCAGGUUAACAUGCCCUAUGUGAUGAUCCCUGCCUUCCACCACAACAACCCUCAACUCCCAGUCACCUCUGACCCUCAGAUGACCAUGCCUCUACAGCCAAUCCCCUGCAAGCCAGUAGACUACCCAAUGCAGCUGUUACAGAACCCUCACUCCAACCCCAUCAAAAGGCCAAGUGGCUCCUUUCGACAGGAAGCCAGCCAGCCUCUGAACCUGACCUCCAAGCCCAAGGGAAUGGACAUGGGGAAGAGCCCCAGCCCACAGGCCUUUGAGCUGGGGUCUCUGACACUGCAAGGGGGGUACAGACCCAGGGACAGCCAUAGAGAGAGCCCCUCACGACCUGCACUUAGCCUAGGGUUUCUGGGAGAGGGGGAUGUGGUGACCCAGGCCAUCCAUGAUGCCCAGCAGCUGCUGAGGAAUCACGGGCCAGGGGGAAGAGAGCGGGAGAGAGACAGCUCUGCCAGGAUGGAGUUUAAAGAGGCAGGUCGCAGUGACAGGCUGCCCCAGUCGGACCGGGUGGAGAGGGGACCGACUCCCACCACCAAUGAGGACCACCACAGCAGUGACUCUGAAGGCCCCAUGUCGGCUCCUGGUGUCGGGGUGUUUGCUGAAGCUCGCGGUCCCCCGUCCUCUGGCCACAUCAAGAGACCCAUGAAUGCCUUCAUGGUCUGGGCUAAAGACGAAAGACGACGUAUACUACAGGCUUUCCCUGACAUGCACAACUCCUCUAUAAGCAAGAUCCUGGGUUCCAGGUGGAAGUCCAUGUCUAACCAGGAGAAGCAGCCGUACUACGAGGAGCAGGCCAGGCUGAGCCGACAGCACCUGGAGCGUUACCCAGACUACAAGUACAAGCCCCGCCCCAAACGCACCUGCAUCGUGGAGGGGAGGCGCCUCCGGGUGGGCGAGUACAAAGCUAUGAUGAAGAGCCGGAGACAGGAGCAGAGAGGAACAUACCCACACAGCCAAUCAGAGCCCCAGCAGCUGCAUUACAAUCCUGGUGAGGGCCAAUACUCAGGCAGCGGUGGGGGGAUCUCCAUGGCAACAGUGCCAUUCCACCCUGUACUACUGGAACACUACCUGCCACGAGGGCCGGAAGUUCCGCCUCCACGAAGACCUGAUGGACAGGCCACGCCCACUCCUCUUCCUAGAGAGCGGGAGAGAGAGAGACCGGCGUACAGCGAGGAGGAGGAGAGUGACGGAGGAGAGAGGAGUGAAGGAGAGCUAGUGCUCCUCACUGAUUGACAGAAUUUAGAGAGAGAAAGGGAGAGAGAGGAGUAGUGUAAUGCCUUACAGACUGAGAGAAGAAAGGAAAGUGGGGGAGAGAAGUGAAUGAAAAAGUUUUGUCUUGGACCAUAUCCAGUUUGUCAUAUGACCAUGUCAGCAGAACCUGUCUGUCCCAACACUCAACAUGACUCCCAUUCAUUAUCUCUGAUCUGGUCACAGGAAACUAGUGUCUAAACGAGCAGUCCCCAUCUCAUCAGUGGGAGGCAAGAGGGAAUCAGCCUGGUUAAUGGACUGUCUGGACAUGGUAGGAUUAGUACACCAGUGAAACUGCUGAUCAUCACAAUGUUAAAGGUAUGCGUCAACAUUACACGAAUGUGGCAGCUAAAUCUAAAAGAUAAUUGUUCAUAUCAGCAAUUAGGCUAUUUGUGUUCUUGCUCCGUACCCCAUGAACUUGGUGUAACCAGUGACAAAAGGUCUAUUGAGAAAGUGGAGCAGACAUUGACAAUGUGGAAUGAGUUGAUAACUACACUGGAUUAAACUCAAGGUCGGCCUGUUAUUGUCACCUACAACAGUGUAAAUGUUUCUAUUUACCACAAAUCAGUUAUAAUAUUUCCAUAAACCUUAAACAUCCAGGGUAUGAAAGCUGUUUACCAGUAGUUAGGGAUAGAGCUGAUUGUGAAUCUGUUGGAGAGUGCUGCCCUCUGCUGUUUGGGAUGGGAUUUGCACCAUGAUAAGUAUGCAGUAAGGCUUGAGGGGUUGUGGUAUGUGGCCAAUAUAUCACUGCUAAAAGCUGUUUUUAGGCACGACACAUAGUGGAAUGCCAGGAAACAGCACUUAGCCGUAGUAUAUUGGCAAUAUAUCACACAUCAAUGGGAUGCCUUAUUGUUGUUACUUGGUUGUCAACCAAUCAAGAUUCAAGGAUGCACACCACCUGGUUUGUAAAUAAUUAUUAACCGGGUGGUUUGAAUCCUGAAUGCUGUUAUGGUAUACAAGACAAUAUAAUACAGUAUGUCAUCACUUUUUACUGCUCUAACUGCUUGGUAUCUGGUUUAUAAUAGCAAUAAGGCAUCUUGGAGGUUUGUGUUGUAUUGACAAUGUAUCAUGACUGUGUUGCAUCAGGUCUAAUCGUGGUAUAUUGGCCGUGGUUUAUUGGCCGUGGUAUAUUGGCCGUGCUUGGCAACAGACCAUAAACCCCCAAGAUUCAUUAUUGCUAUGAUAAACCUGUGACCUGUUAACACAAUUGUAACGGUAUAAAGAUAUGUAUACAUAUGUAAAAAGAACAGUAGACAUUAAAUACACAGAUAUAGAAAUUGUUUUCAUAUGGAUGACCUGGUCUGUGGUAAUAGAAGUUACAAUCAAAUUACCCGUUCUGGCAUAGGCAAUGAUGCACGCCAUUACAAUGCACUUUCUCUCAAUCCAGAAACAGACUGGGAGGUCACACCAAUACUGCCUGACGUGGCCUGCUUUCCUUGCCACUCAUACCCUCCCAUUAAUUUGCACUGACAACCAAAUGGAAAACAUAAAAAAAUAAAAGCAAUAUAGCAGAUUCCUCCUUUUUAGAGAUCUUUCUACUCAUCUUAUUGGACAUUAUCAGUAAGGAGACAAGAAGAGGAAGCCAGUCUGGGCUAUCUGGACACCCACUGGUUCAGUUACUGCACUUGUGAUACAAGUAAUCAAUCAGUAGUUUAAUCUACUGUAAUAAGGUGUGAUGUGUAAGACAUCUCCCUUCAAGCCCUUAUUCUAGUCAUGUCAUCCUUCUCUAGUUGUGUAUAUGCUUUAUGUAAUGUGUGUCUUUCAAUCAAUUUAUUUCGAACACAAGUUUACACUGUACUUGUCAAAGAAUGUUUUGCAUUCUGUAGAAUGUGUAUAUGUGUAUAUGUGUGUGUGUGUGUGUGUGUGUGUGUGUUUCUUUGAGUGUGGGUAUUCAACUCAAAGGUUGGUCUGAACAUGUCAAUGUACCCUGGCGUCACGUGUUUUGAUUGGUUGUUCCUCGGUCCUGUUCUGUAGUCAGAAGCAUAGGGCCACGUGGCUUCCCAUAACAGGGCUCCAUCUCAUCAGUCCUGAAGAUGCAUACUCUCUGCGUCUUAUUCUCCAUUUGAUCUGAAAGAACUGGACUGGUGAAACAUUGUCUGAUGGAGAAGAAACCAGAAUAGGAAGCCACAGUAGUCUAUAGGACUGGAGGGUUUAGCACAAAGUAGUGGACAGAAGAGGUGUAUAUCUAGGGUGUAAUCUCUAAGGAAACAGAGGCUGGCCUGUGGUUUUGUUAAUGUCCCACGCGGUAAAGCCUUUGGCAAGCCUUACUUGGGGAGUACUAUCGGAAGAUGUUGCCCCUGGCUGCUGAUCUAUGGUCAGUUUUUAUUUCAUUUUAUUUUUGCACCUGAGAAGGCUGAGAUGGAUAGACUGAUCCUGGGUCUGUGGCUACGGACAACGUCUACCCGGAGCCUAGGGGAUGGCACUGUGUACAGACAUAUCAGAGAAAAUGUUUAUCUAAUUAUGACAGAGACCUCCAGAGAGAACUGCCCCCAGUUGUGACCCCUGCUGAUGUAAAUAUAGAUAGACUUUAUUUUGUUUAUAAGAGCCUGUGUAAUUUAAAGGUGUACAUUUCCUGUAUGUUUUCCAAGUUUUGUGGAUUGUUUUUUUGGAAAAUAAUAAAUUGGUUGUUAUAUUUGUGCCCAG